GUAAAUAAGGAACUAGGGGAAAAAUUUCAGCAUACUUCUCCUCAACAAACUACUACUUUGGAAAAAAUCAUUUUGAAUAGCGGUGUCGGUCAGGCUGUUAAUAAUAAGCAAUUAUUAGACAAUACAGUUCAGGCUCUUCACCAAAUUACGGGUCAAAAGCCAGUUAUUACUCAUGCUAAAAAGUCAAUUACUAACUUCAAAUUGCGAGAAGGAAUGCCGAUUGGUUGUAAAAUUGCUAAUAACCAAGGACUUUCUCAAAAAAAAUUUGACCGCAGAGGAAAUUACAGUUUUGGAAUAAAUAAAUUAAGCAUUUUUCCGGCCGUCAACUACGAUUUAACUUUUAAAAAUCAGGGGCUACAAAUUGCUCUGGUUUUUAGUUCUUCUUCGUUUGAAGAAAAUACCCAAUUUUUAAAUUGUUUGGGUUUUCCUUUUACUUUGAAGUAG